AUGAGCCCAACUGCUACCGUUGGGAUGGCCAGCGCCACCACCAAAGCCCUAUCGCUCACAACUCCGUUUGUGGAACCGGGUAAAUGCUAUAUGCCCCUUAACCUGGCGGCAUUCACUACCAAUGUAUCUGGGGCUGCCACCCGCGAACUUGCGCUCGUCGCGGGCCCCGACAACGCCGACUUUGCCUACUGCCAGCCUCCAGGGUGGGAGGGCGAUAGCAUGUCGAGCAUCCUCGCCUUUAGUCCCGCCGUCUGUCCCUCGAACUGGCCCAUGCACCAUGUGGCCGCACAUGAGACGGUGGUGUCCGGGACGUCAACAAAGACUGUCACGACUGCAUACUGCUGUGAUAUGAGACAAACGGUCUACCCAACCGGGGUCAGCGGCCUGGGUAUCGAGUUUUUCUCCUCCAACCCGGCCUGCGUCUCGACGCUGCCGAGCAACCACUCGCGAACCUUCUACGGCCAGCCGGAUGGUACAACGGGCGCCUAUGCAACCUUCACGGAAGGAACAGUGGUGCGGCCGGCGUGGCGCAUCUCAUGGGAGGCGACGGACCGGAAAAGCCUGAGCCCUGUGCCGCCCUCGCUCACGGCAGGCCAGUCGCUGUCGUUCUGGACACCAACGCCCAAGGACUCGGGGAAGAGCUGCACUGCCGAAGACCCAUGCCAGGAUCUUCAGAUUGGCGGUCUCAUACCGAUGAUCGCUGUGCCGUCGAGUGUUGGUUUUGUGCUUAUUGUAGGGAUCAUCAUUUGCUGCGUCGUGGCGAAGAAGAGGAAGAGGAAGAGGAAGGAGGCAGCGUUGUCGGCUGACGCGGUCCUCGUUGACGACCAAAAGUAG